GCGCCGAGCAGUGGUGGUCAGGGGGCGCGGCGGAGCCUAGGUGGCGUCGCGUCCCGCCGGAGGGCGGCUCUGGCUGAGGGCGGAGGAGCCCGUGGAGCGCCCGGGGCAGCGGCUGAGGCGGGACGGCGGCGGCGGGGGCCGCUGCCCCCGGAGGAGCCGGCCGAGAUGCUGGCGGAAAACCUAGUGGAGGAGUUUGAGAUGAAGGAGGACGAGCCGUGGUACGACCACCAGGACCUCCAGCAAGAUCUCCAACUUGCUGCUGAACUUGGGAAGACAUUACUGGAUCGGAACACAGAGUUGGAGGAUUCUCUUCAGCAGAUGUACACAACCAAUCAGGAGCAGUUACAGGAAAUUGAGUAUCUGACCAAGCAGGUGGAGCUUCUACGGCAGAUGAAUGAACAGCAUGCAAAGGUUUAUGAGCAAUUAGAUGUCACAGCAAGGGAACUGGAAGAAACAAAUCAAAAGCUAGUUGCUGACAGCAAGGCCUCACAGCAAAAGAUUCUGAGUCUGACCGAAACAAUCGAAUGCCUACAAACCAACAUUGAUCACCUCCAGAGCCAAGUGGAGGAGUUGAAGUCAUCUGGCCAAGGAAGAAGGAGCCAGGGGAAAUGUGACCAGGAGAAAUCGGCACCCAGCUUCUCGUGUCUGAAAGAGCUGUACGACCUCCGCCAACACUUUGUGUAUGAUCAUGUGUUUGCCGAGAAGAUCACUUCCUUGCAAAGUCGGCAAAGCCCUGAUGAGGAAGAAAAUGAGCACUUGAAGAAAACAGUGACGGUGUUGCAGGCCCAGCUGAGCCUGGAGCGGCAGAAGCGGGUGACUCUGGAGGAGGAAUAUGGGCUUGUGCUCAAGGAGAACAGUGAGCUGGAGCAGCAGCUGGGAGCCACGGACGCCUACCGAGCGCGGGCGCUGGAAUUGGAGGCUGAGGUGGCAGAGAUGCGGCAGAUGCUGCAGUUGGAGCACCCUUUUGUGAACGGCGUCGAGAAGCUGGUGGCAGACUCUCUGUUCAUCCCUUUCAAAGAACACAGCCAGGGCCUGCUGGAGGAGAUGUUCGUGCCGGUGCUGGAGGCACACCGAAAGCCUCUCAAGCGCAGCAGCAGUGAGACGGUGCUCAGCAGCUUGGCAGGGGGGGACAUCGUGAGGGGCCACGAGGAGACCUGCAUCCGGAGGGCCAAGACCGUGAAGCAGAGGGGCAUCUCCCUUCUGCAUGAAGUGGACACUCAGUACAGUGCCCUGAAGGUGAAGUAUGAGGAGCUGCUGAGGAAGUGCCAGCAGGAAGAGGACUCCCUGUCCCACAAGGCGGUGCAGACCUCCAGGGCUCUAGCCAAAGACCUGGCCGGGACGAACGCCCAGCCUGAGGCCAGCACCAGCAGCUGGGAGCCAGCCUCUGUUUCGCCAGAGCCCAUCAGUUCCCCCACCACCACGACACCUCCGGAAUACAAAGCGCUCUUCAAGGAGAUCUUUAGUUGCAUCAGGAAAACUAAGCAGGAAAUAGAUGAACAGAGAACAAAAUACCGAUCUCUUUCCUCUCAUUCCUAAUUCAGCCUCCAGCUCUAUUACUAACUUCUCUGUUUGCUUUCACCUCUCUCUCCCACUCUGACAAGUGUUUGUAAACCCCACAGCCUGAUAGUGCUCAUGACGUUUGCCUCGUUGUUUGGCUUACUUAGCAGCUGCGAACAACAGUGGGGAAAGAAGGUGGCUGCUGGUGUCAGUUCUAUAAUCCAGUUCCAUUUAAGCUUCUCAGAAAAUCCCACGACAGUCUGGCCUCUGGCUGGUGCGGUGAUUAGGUUGUGAUUCCUUGAAAAGCCCUAGAACCAGUGGAUGGGUAGAUCCAUGCUCCUAAGGGAAGCACGCCUGGAGUUAACUAUAGUACAUAGUGCAUGGUUUAUAGGGGCAAAAGGGCAGAGUUGAAACAAAACUAAGGCAACUCCUACCGCCUCCUUGCUUCUCAAAACUGUAGAAGUCAGAUGGCUGCCCAACUGAAGUAGCUUUCACAACCACUGUUGGAUACGGUGAAUUCAUUAAGAAGAAUGUCCAGGAGAAACAGGGGUCUAAUCCAAAA